AGUUUUGACAGAUGGCAGCUAAAAUUUAGCAACAAAAAUCAAAAUGUGAAGGUCCUCUUUCAAACAAUGCUUGUGAUUUAGUUUAAUUGUAAUAAAAUAAUGUCUUUCCCGAAGAUAGAAGGGUAUAUAGUGACGGAAAAGCUAGGCUCAGGAAGCUAUUCUACUGUUUACAAAGCGUACACUAAGGUUGGUGCAAGAACUAUAGUAGCAAUAAAAUGCGUCGACAAAUCCCGCAUCAAGAACUCUGGGUCCGCUGUGGACAACCUCAUCACGGAGAUACGGCUGCUGAAGACCCUCUCACAUCCACACAUUGUGCAGAUGAAGAACUUCACUUGGGACGACAGGAAUAUUUACAUAAUAAUGGAGUUCUGUUGCGGAGGGGAUCUAUCUAAAUACAUUCAUAAGUACGGCAGAGUACCGGAGCAGAGGGUGUUAUAUUUUCUGCAGCAGUUGGCUUCGGCGUUGAAGUUUUUGAGAGAAAAAGGCGUCGUGCACAUGGAUCUCAAGCCGCACAACCUGCUCCUACACAAGGACUCUAACGGCAGAUAUGUGCUCAAAGUGGCUGACUUUGGUUUCGCGCAGCACAUGUCGGUGUCGGGCGCGCGGUCGGUGCGCGGCUCGCCGCUGUACAUGGCGCCGGAGAUGCUCGCGGGCGAGUACGACGCGCGCGUCGACCUCUGGAGCGUGGGUGUGAUCAUGUACGAGUGCCUGUUCGGCAAGGCGCCGUACUCCUCCAACACGUUCAAGGAGCUCGUCGACAAGAUACAGAAGCGGGCGCCCAUCGAGAUCCCGCCGAAGUCAUCGAUAUCGCCCGGCUGCCGCGACCUGCUCACGCGCCUGCUCCGACACGACCCCGACUCCAGGAUAUCCUACGAGGACUUCUUCAACCACCCCUACCUGGAUCUAGAGUACAUGCCGUCCAAAGAAAAUUAUGAGAAGGCAGUGUCGCUCAUCAAGCAAGCCGUCGAGUGGGACUGCGCCGGCCGCGCACCCGACGCGCUCGCCGCCUACAGCCACGGGCUGCGCUACCUCGUGCCGUGCGUCGGCGCAGAGAGCGACGCCGACCGCAGGGGCGCGCUCGCCGCCAAACUCGCCAGAUACAUGGAGAGAGCUGAGGAAUUGAAGCUGAUGCUGCGAGGAGAGUCUCCGAGAGACCUCCCGGCCGCAGAAGUGUCUGCACCGCAAGAGGUCUCGUGCCAACACUCGAGGGCCAACGGACCCAUUGCCAAUCGCACGCUGGCGUGCAACCCAUGCGUGUGCACAUCAGCUCAGACCAACUCAUCGUCGUCGGAGAAUGGUCGAUGUUCGUGCAGCGUGGCGCAGGACGCGGGGAAGGAACCCUCUACACAAGGACAGGACAAGACCAACAGCAGUGGCUCAGUACAGUCGAGCCCGAAGCCGUCGCGGUCUCACUUCGGUCUGAAGCGGUUGUUCACGAGGCAGGUCACGCUGCCUUACCUGGACUCCAAGGACUCCAGUAUAACGGCGGACCAAGCCGAGAAGAAAUCCAACGAGAACGACGCGUGCAGGAUAACGUAAUGUGUUUAGAGUAGCAACCAGCCAGGUGAGACGGUCAUAGUACACGAGCCAGGGGAAGGCAGGGGAGAUCGGCCUCCCCUGGCUGUUGUAACGCACUAUCGGAUUUAUGAAAACUGGGUGGCUAUUAAUUGCGUGAGGUGUGUAGGAGAGGGAGAGUGUAUAUUACUCUGGGGAGAAGGGGGAUCCCGGCAAAUAUCACGAAUUUUUUUUCUAUAAGAAAGUAAAAUUUCUGAAUACGUCUCACGUAAUUAAUGGAUGUCUCCUAUAGUCAAAAACAAGCUGAAGAGUCAUAAUUAAAUGUGCAGUUUCUAACAUAAGUAUAUGAACAAUACAAAACUGCAAGUCGCUUACGCUUUUGUGUUUUACAGGACAUUUUUUUCUUCACAUAAUAAAAAUAAAAGUGAGUUACUUUACCUCAUACAAAGAAAAUACUUUUCAAUUAAAGUUAAAGACGAUUUGGAUUUGUUCAGCCUCUUUUGUGAAUGACUGUAAUGUUAAGUUUGAUUAUAAUUUUAUUUCUAGAAUAAAUUAGAUCUUUAAAAUUUUAAGUUAUUCCAAAAAAAAAUUUUUUUAAUUUAGAAUUUGUUCAGCGCUUUUUGUCGCUCACUGUACUUAGUUGAAAAUUAAGAUUAUAGUAAGUUUACACUAGCAAACCCACAUUAUAUUACACAACUCAUAAACGUGUACACGAGCGACAAUAUUACAAUAGUUGUAUCCACGUGUCGCCGAAGUCUGUCUUCAAAAAGUCGACUUUCCGUUAGUUUAUAGUAAAAAUCGCUUGAAGAUAACUUCUGUAACUUCGUGAUAACUUAAUCAUCGUAUUUCAUAAUUUAAGACAAAAAGACAUUUAAAAUGCUAAUGCAAAUGUUUUAUUUGGAAUUGUUUGAAAUAUGAUAAAAUGUCAAACAAUUCAAGAUACGCUUCCGCUUUCCUGUACGCCCCUGCCACCCCCCCUCCAAAAGUUAUGUAACCCUAAACUGACAUUUUUUUGUAAUAUUCACAAUUAUUUUACGCAAAAUACCGGAAAGUCGCUAAAAAACCGCAUUGUUCGAACCCCCCGGCGGCUGUAACGCAUCGUAACGUUUUACAAGACUCCCCUCCCCUCCAAAUUGCGUUACGUAAUACUUGAAAGGCCCCUAAGAUAGCUCCUUGGCCUUCCCUCACACUUUUUCCUCAGAAAUCCCCUCCCACCUUUCCUCCAGGUCGUGCAGUCGCUAUUCCCUCAGGAUUCCAGUAUCUCAUUCGCAAGUUUCCCACGGUGUUGACUGCGGGGUUCGAUAAAAAGACCCUUAGAAUCAAUUGGUUGUGAAAUAGACAAUGACUCGUGAUAUAUUCUCCCAGAAUGUAUUUUAUUGCAAAUGAUCAUUGGAAUUUGAAAUGAUAAAAAAUUAACACAAAUUUGGCUAUGAAAUAAAACCAGUUUUCGGAUUUUAAAUUAUAAUUUUCUCCUGACGUUUCAAAGAAUUUCCUUCAUGGUCACGGGACUGAGGUGUUCGUCCGAAAAGUCGACAUUUAAACUAGACUUAUUAUAAAAUGCGAAUUUUGUGAAGUUACAGAGUCAUAAAGUAAUACGUAAUAUAAAAAUCUUUGAAUGAAUUUUUGAUAUAAAACAAAGGUGCUUGACUCUCGUACUCAGUUUUGACAUGAUCUGUCACUUUGACAGUGACAUUUUACAUAUCUGAUCUCAGUUUGCAACACGCUGUAGUAUAAUUUUUUUAUGUCGGACUCUUAACUCGUAAAUUAAUGACCCAUUCCAAACUUGCCAAUUUUUGGGUAUCGUCAAACAACCAAUUUCUCUUUGUGACCUUUUUUUUCAUGCUAUAAGUUUCAGUUUUUACCUAUGUUUAAUAAGCUAAAUUUUAUAGCAACUUCAACAAAAAGGUAGCGAACAAAAAUUUGUUUUCCAAACGACUGCCACAAAUUAACAAUUUUUAAAUAAGUCAUUAUUUUAUUAAGAGUGCGAUGUGUAUUCCAAAUACUAAUAUUAUAAGUACAAAAGUUACCACUACUCUUUCACUGCUAAAGCAACCAAUAUCGACGAAUUUGUUACGGAGGAAGGUUAUAACGACCAAGACUAGCUUUUUAAAUAUAGUUAUAAACUGAAUUAAAUGCAUAAUUUAUUUGUUAAUUUUUAUUAUUUAUAAGUUUUAACUGAGUUACUGUUCUGUCUCACUCUUCCUUACGUUAAACGAAUUAUGAGUGAAUGGAACAGAUAUACUAUCUAUCCUUAUAAGCUGAAGAGUUUGAACUCGCUUAUCUAAGGAAGUGCUAAACCAAUUUUGUUUUUUUUUUCACUAAUAGGAAAACUGUUUUUAUUGUAUAAGCUAUUUCAUUUAAGAAUAGACUACGUUCUUGCAAUUAACAAUUUUACAAAAAUAUAAUCUCUUUGAAGUCAGUUAAGAAUGCAAAAUAAUUAAGUAAACGUGCCCUUAUUAUUCAAAUUGACACAUAAAAGAAACCAAUGUAGUCACAUUUGUUUUCCUCUUUCUGCAUAAAUGACAAUUAUUUGAAGACAUUCAGACCAUUUUCUAUGUUAUGGAUUCAAUUGUGCAAUAUUAGUAAACUACGAUCUAUGUAUAUUUUAUUGAAGUGAAAAGACGCGGAACCUAGCACUGUGCCUUCUAAGCUUGCCUAUUUUGUGAUGUAAAUAAAUGAAUUUGUGAUUA